AUGUCUCUAACUACGGAAGUGCAUUCCCAACUCUGCGAUCUCGUAGACAAAGCCUGCGAAGACCAACAGUCUGGAAUCCCCGGGGCCACGGUCGUGGUCGUUGGCAAAGAUGGCAACGAACUAUUCGCCCACUCUGCGGGUAAGCGAGGUGCUGGAUCCGAAGAGCCCAUGACCUUGGACACCAUCUUCUGGAUUGCAUCUUGCACUAAGAUGCUGACUGGUGUUGCCUGCAUGCAACUGGUUGAACAAGGUAUUCUCAAGCUGGAUGAUGGAGAGCAGACAGAAGGUCUUUGUCCUGAAUUGAAGAGUCUCGAGGUUUUGCAGCCAGAUGGUACUCUUAAGAAGAAGAAGAAUGCAAUUACUCUGCGUAUGCUAUUGACCCAUACUGCUGGAUUCGGCUAUACCUUUUUCAAUGAAAGACUGAGACAGUGGUCGCACCCGGUUGGCGUGGAUGAGUUCUCUGGGAGAAUUGAAGAUAUGAAGGUGCCUCUGCUAUUCCAGCCCGGUGAAGGCUGGGAAUAUGGCGUUGGUGUUGACUGGGCAGGAAUCGCACUGGAACGCGCAACAGGCCUGACGCUCAACGAUUACCUACAAAAAAACAUAUUUGUGCCUCUUGGAAUCAAGGAAAUGUCCAUGAUACCGAACCAAGACAUGCGCAGAAGGCUGGCAUAUAUGAAUAAUCGAAAGCCAGAUGGCACCCUAAACCCCCGAGACCAUCUUCUUCGGGCGCCUCUGGUUGUUGACCUGGAGAAUGACGCCGAAGUCGCCAGAGUGUUCAACAGCGGCGGCGGGGGUAUAUUUGCCAAGCCACAGGAGUAUUGUAAGGUCCUCGCUAUGUUGUUAAAUGACGGAAUAUGCCCUAAAACGGGCAGCAAGUUGCUUCGCAAGGAGACUGUCGACGAAAUGUUCUCUAACCAGAUCCCUCAGUUCCCCAACUACAGCCGUCAAAGCAUCCCAGCUGCAAAGCCGGACCUGACCAAUCCUAUUCCUGAGCUGUAUCCAGUUCAUGGGAACCCACCACAGGGUUGGGGCUUGACUUUUAUGCUGAGCAAUGGUGGUCCGACAGGACGAUCAAACAGCGCAGCGCACUGGGCUGGACUGCCGAAUUUGUGGUGGUGGGCGGAUAGGGAGAAGGGCGUUGCGGGGAUUGUUUGUACACAGAUUUUACCGUUUGGGGAUGCUCAGGUGAUUGGGCUAUGGGCAACAGUUGAGGCUGUGAUAAACAAAGCUCUUCAGUGA